AUGACGGAGUCAACGAAUGUCAAGAUAAAAGCCGAGCAACCUGAUGAAGCCGAGAUCAGGGAGCUGGCCGCGAAGAUGGUUGAAGCCAAUAAAGCGAAAGUGCUGACAGCUUCGGUAGCCGCUGCGCGGUCACAGCCCGAAGCAAUCCUGGCUGCUCCGGUCGCGGUCGCGGGCCUGAGUGCUGUUGGAGGACAAAAUAUGGUUAUGGGGAAGUUUCUCACUGUAAAACCUGGAACCCAGCAACAGAAACCGGCGGAACCGAGACGGAAAUUCGAUGACAAGAAAACACCAGCGCCGGACGAAGCUAGCUGGAAGGGUCACUUUGGUUGGGACACGCUCGGUGAAUGUCACAUUCCUUACAUAUAUCGAUCCGGAGAGAAGUACGUGGCGGUCCGGAUGGUGGAGAUCAAACUUCUCAACAAGUACCUGAACUACCAGCACGUGGAUUUAUAUUCUUUUACCUGUAUACAAAGCUACUACAUUACAGAAAUCGAAGCUCGGUUACUGAAUGAUAUUAACAACAGGUAUUGUGAUGGACAGUUCGGAAGUGACCCCUUUACGCAGAAGGAUUUAGUAGUGAGACUAAUGGAGGCUUAUGAAUUCUACAAUUUCUUAGAUGUUUGUUAUAACAAGUUGUUACGUGGUACAACAAAUAAUGACAAGUGUGGUUUCAUAAUGAUAAAUAAGGAAUCUGCGGUGCCGUACACAGUAAGGGAUGGCAAGAAGCUUGUACCAUUAUUUUACUUUGAAGGUGAAAUGGACAGUUUAAAGUUGAAGGCCGAACAGUUGAAAGGUUGGGAUAUAUCUUACUUAAAGUUCUGUUGUAAGGUUCAAGGGAUAAGGAAUGAAUUGUUUACCAGUGAGACUUGUUCAGUGAUUAGUUUAACAGACAUUAAAAGCUAUUUUCCACCGGGAACGGAAUUUGAAGAAUAUUGGCCUAACAAAGUUGUCAAAUCUCAGCUCUUUAACUCUGCUAACGGUUCGGUAUCAGGGGGACGUCAAUGGACGAAGGCACCGCCCGCGCCGCCACUGGGGGCAGAGAGUGGACUGGUUCCCGAUACCACAAUACAAAUGGCGAUGGGCCAGCAGCCCACGCUUCUCUUGAGGAGUACGGACAGCACAACAGGCUUCAAAACCGUGAAAGUUGCCAAAACUAAUGCACAGCGUCAAAGAGAGUUCCAGCAACGAAAAAGAAAUCAAAAAAAGAGUACCAAAAAACCACCAAAAACAAAUGCAGAGCAUCAAAGAGAGUAUCGGAAACGUCAAAAAAUGAAAAAAAAUUUAAAUAAGGGAGACAGUAACGCAGUAAAUGCACCAUCUACAACUAAAAAAACUCACGCUGAAUACUGUAAGGAGUAUUACCAAAAAUGUAAAUUAAAAAAACAGCUUGUUCAACUUCAUGCUUUACUAUCGGAUAAGGGAGAAGUUUCACGAUCGUUCGGUAUCAGGGGGACGUCAAUGGACGAAGCCACCGCCCGCGCCGCCACCGGGGGCAGAGAGUGGACUGUUUCCGGAUACCACAAUACAAAUGGCGAUGGGCCAGCAGCCUAUAAUUCUCGUGAGGAGUACUGCCAACACAACAGCCUUCAAAACCGCCUACACUUAUCCAAUAGCUGAUAAACCUGACGAGUCUAUGGAUCUCAAGGAUCUGUCAUUACUUUCGAGUUGUAAUGUACCCGUUGAGAUGCAAGAUGCUGCCGCAUC